CUUCUUUUGAUACUUGUGAGGUUCAGCGACAAGAUUCGCUUUCUUCUUACCUACUUGCGUUCAAUCAGAGAGACGGACCAUAGACAAAGAUGGCCGGAAAUCAGGAGGGUUUGAGCAACGCGCUGAACCUGAUUGCGCAGGAACAGCGGCAGGAUCGCCCUAAUGUGGCGAAGGUGAGGCUUAUUCGUGGAGUUUGCAGAGACAUGGGCGAUCUUCUCUUGUCGCUUGUUCGACUGAGGGCGAGGCUGCUGAGCGCGAGCGCAUGGACAUGGCUACGUAUUAUUUUGCUUUAUUAACAAUUUGCCUGUGUCGUUCUUGGUGGUGUUGUAAGAGUAGUUUUAGAGUUUGCUUAACAGGGUAGAUGGUUUGUUUGUUUGGAACUUAAGCUUUGACACAUUGGGCGUGAUGUUGUCUUGGCACUUUUCAGGUCGCUCCAUGAGCGAGAAUUUAGACCCAAGACGGACACCGAGAAGCUUCAGAAAGUUGCUCGCCAGGGCGCUGCUAUGAUGGCGCUGGUUGCCGGCUAUGUGGCGCCUGUUGAAGCUGAUUCGGCGGCUGACCCGCCGGCUGAAGCCGCUCCUGCGGCCAUUCCUGGCGUCACCCUCAACGCUGCCCAUCGCGUCGCCACUAAUGUGAUUCGGGUAUUUGCCUAUUUUAGUUUUGGCGGGGUUUGAAGCUGUGCGUGUAAAUGGUCUCAUUUUCUUUUUCUCAAAUUUUUUUUUUUUUUCUUUUGCACGAGCUGUUUUAGUGGAUUUAUUGGUACUCGUUGACACUCAUGCCGACCUUCUCUCGUAAGGCGGUGAAGAACUGCGAUGGCGCCGUUCUCGUGGAAGCCUUGAAUGAUGUUUAUCGGACGAAAAUGGUGCGCGUUGGCGGUUUAGUUGGUGGAAACUACGCAAAUCGCAUCAGCGACUUCUACUCGUUUGGCUCGUUUCAGGAGCAGCCGGAGCUGAAAACUGAGCGGCGUUUAACCUUUGAUGUGGUUUGAUGCUGUCGUAGUUGGUGUUUUGAGAGUUUUCGUCUAUAUGUGUAUUAAGGUACUUCUUCAAGAGAUGACUGUAGUGCGCACAUAGUGGUCGGCUUUUGUCUCACAUUCAGGCUGGAGACGCAGCGCAAGAACGCUGAAUGGGAUGCCAAGAUGGCGCUG